AUGGCAACUGUUUUCGUCAGUGGGUCCACAUGUCCUUAUACCUACGAUGUUAUUGAAGACCUUGUUGGAAAGAAUGUUACUGAGAACGAUGCUGUUGCCUGGCCAUGUGAGCUAAGAACGGUCUGGGUAGAAGUCCUCCCGCUUGUGAAUACAGUCCGCUUUUUAUUGUCGUACGGUACAUCAACUAUUGUCAUAGUAGGUGUCUGUUUGAACAUUUUGUCUUUUAUAGUACUAACGCGCAAAAGUAUGAGGAAAACAACAUCGAAUCUAUAUCUUGCUUUUCUGGCUGUCUACGACACAUGUUCGCUGACGUUCAAUUUCAUGAUCGGUGUGAUACGAGGAAACAGCGAGACGGCAAAUAAAUCAUUUCAGGACAAUGAAGCAUUGUGCACUUUCCAUGGCGUAGUCGUUGAACUUUUCAAUCUUCUGUCCGUCUGGGUCAUAGUAGCGUUCACGGUUGAGCGUUUCCUUAUGGUUAAAUUUCCUCUAAAAGCUCGAACCUGGUCUCCUAGAAAGACGGUCGUUACUCUCGUAAUAGUGUCAGCAGUGAUGACACUUGUGUCGUUUCACAAGAUCGCAGUUUCCGGUUUUGAGGGCGACUCUGUCUUUGGCUACAAAGCUUGCAAAACGAGAAGAAAAAUUUUCAAAGAAAUCAUCUAUCUAUACGUGGCUCUCAAUACGUGGCUGCCCACUGUCCUACUUGUAACGUUAAACCUCACAAUUGUUCAUGAGCUUCGGAAAAAUCGCACGAAAAGGCUUCAAAUGGCAAGUACGUCUAUGUCAAAAUCUGAUGAAAGAGCAACGAGGCUGCUGUUGGUCGUAUCCAGCUCAUAUGUUCUUCUUGUGCUGCCACUUGGAAUUAUUCAAAGCACGGAGCUCAUCUGGAACGGUUCCAUGGCGGUUCCUCCAGGCGAUCCUGAAUACGUCAGUUUCAUGAGUACAAAAAUCAGACUGAAGUGGACAAGAGCCUUCUUCUUUUCCUUCUACCAGUUGAAUUUUGCGAUCAACUUUUUUCUGUACGUUGCAUCGUCAUCGGCUGUACGUUUCCGAGCCAGUCUGAGAAAGGUUCUCAGAAUGAAACCUGCACCAGAAGAUUCAAUGAUCACGCAAACCGUUGUAAAAAUUAACUCUGUGGUCCCAUCAGGCGUAGAUGAAAUGCCAAGUGACUGCAGGGGUGUGUCUGAGGGUUUUUCGGGUACGUCUAAACACGACACUGAUGUUGAAACGAAUGCAUAG